AGGAUCGGCCAUUCACCUUAAUAAGGUUGAUAAAUCAGUUCACCAACCGUAGAUUUGAAACGUCGUAAAAUUAAAGCCGGAAUCAGUACAAGAACUGUGUGCCCGUUAGAAACAUUCAAUGUCAGUCUGCAGGAUCAAAAUAAUUCCGAUUAUGGAUUUGCCAUGCUGUGUUUCUUUUACCUGGUUUUUAAGGUUGACUCAGUGACCCCGUGAGAAUUUGUGAUAACAGCUGCCCCCUGUGUUCUGAUUAGUACUGUGAUGUGUGUAGAUCAUACUUCUCUUCUCGUCCCCCCAAAAUGGUCGACUUAAUAAACAAACUUUGAUGUAGGUCAUUAUAUGAAUUCUUUGAGAGGAUUUCAUAUGGACACUUCCACGUGAUUUAAAAAUGUCGGAAAGAAAACAACAACAGCAGUCCAAGAAAAAUCCUCCUCAGCCAAUUGAUGAGGGGUGGUCAUGGUUGAUUCUUGCAGCUGCAGUGCUGGUGACAUUCCUGUGGGGAGGUGUUGUGAGGGCUUUCGGGGUACUAUUUGUGGAGCUGAGGACUGAAUUCGGGCUGUCAACGUCCUUGUUAUCACUCGUGGUCGCGCUGCACACCGCGCUUUUCACCAUAGGGGGGUUGUUUGCCCUUACUUACGGAGUCCGCUACUUGACAGGCAGACAGUGUGUGUUUAUUGGGGCUAUCUUGGCCGUGCUUUCCUUCGUCUUCUCCAGCCUGGCAAAGAAUGGCCUCAUCCUAUUUGUUUCCUAUGGUUUUCUAUUAGGACUUUCUUUUUCCUUUGCAAUCGGACCUUCUACCCUUCUUGUGUCCCUUUACUUUAAAGAAAAAAGGAACCUGACGACUUGGUGUCUACAAAUGUCUCCUAGUAUCGGGGCCAUGUUAUCCGCCCCACUGCUUAGAGGACUUAUAGACAGAUACCUACUGAAAGGAUGCCUCCUUAUCAUGGCUGCCAUUCUAAGCCAUUUUCUGUUAGCAUCGGUAUUAAUGCGACCACCUGAACUGUAUAAGAAAUGGCAAAGAUUAAAAAAAAAGAUAGAGAAAAAUCGAAUGAAGACCACGCUUUUAGGGAAAGAUGGAUUUCCAGUGGAACCUUUUCGGGCGCGUUCGCCGACCUCGGACUCCACUUUCUCUCCUCUUGCCAGACAGGCAAUGCUCCAAAGGAUGAAGUCCAGGAACGACGAUGAUGAUGAGAACCCAACGUCGGUUCAAAGUGACAAAUCCAAGAAGAAACUUAUCGAACCGGAGCAGAAAAAGACAGAAAAUAUCGAAGAACGGGGACACGAUACCAAUCCAACAAAACAGCAUACCGAGAAUUGGAGACAAAGAGCUAUGUAUGCUAGUUAUGAUUUUGGAAUUUCAGCAUCAUUUCUUGAACAACGGUAUAACUCAUCGAGGAGAAGGACGGACAGUGAUAAAAGUAAUAAAAGUGACAAAAGUAAUAAUUCCUUUCUAUCUGAGAAUGCGUUAGUGAAAGGCUGCUUGGAUGUGACGUUGAAGAAGUGUUUUAAGACAUCAGUCUUGUGUAAUCCGUCAUUUGUGCUUUUCUGUGUCGGAUUCACCUUAGGAAUACCAACAGCAAUUUCAGUAUUAUUUCUUCCAGAUGUCGGGAUCGACAAUCAUUUGGACAACACACAAUCAGCAAGUCUAGUCAGUGUAUACAUGAUAGGAGAAAUUAUGGGUCAAAUAACUGCAGUGUUUUUGUCCUACAGACGUAUAGACAAUUUUAUAAUUUUGAUAACUUCGUUAAUAGUUACAGGUAUCAUUUAUAAUUUACUUCGAAUUUUCUUCAACUUAAGUCUACUUAUCCUUUUUUCGUUAGUAAUCGGCAUUUGUAGUGGAACAUUUCAGUCAUUACAUGCUAACAUCAUCCGGAGGUGUGUGAGACCGGAAGAGGUUUCCAGUGGAAUGUGUCUCCUCCACUUUGCUCAGGGUCUGUCUUGGACCGUAGUCAUUGCAAUAACAGGAUUCCUACGAGAUUUAACAGGAAGCUAUAACAUGUCUUUCACCAUACUUGGAUCCUUGGGUGUUGCGUCAUCAAUUUUUAUAGCAGCCUCGCGGUUAUGUUUGCGAAAACAUCGAGAAGUUUAUCAUCCAGAAACAGGAGAGUUAGAAAAUCAAGAAAUCAUUAUUAAAUAAAAUUUGUAUAUUAAUUA